AAAAUGAAGUUUUGCACUAUCGUUCUUCUCUCAGCGAUCCUCGUCGUUUACAUGGUUGCGGCCCAAGACGAUGACGACAACGGAAGGGGCAAGGGAAAGAAGGGUGGAAAAGGUGUAGGUAGAAAAGGUGGCAACAGAGGUGAGGAAGGUGGCAACGGAGGUGAAGAAGGUGGCAACAAAGGUAGAAAAGGUGGCAACAGAGGUGAAGAAGAUGGCAACGGAAGUGACGAAGAUAGCAACAAAGGUAGAAGAGGUGGCAACAGAGGCGAAGAAGGUGAAGAAGGUGGCAACAAAGGAAGAAGAGGCGGCAACAGAGGUGAAGAAGGCGGAAACGGAGGUGAAGAAGGUGGCAACAAAGGUAGAAGAGGUGGCAGCAGAGGCGAUGAAGGCAACACUGGUGAAGAAGGAGGUAACAAGGGUGGAAAAAGUGGCAACAUAUUAAAGGACGUUCUCGAGAAAGUGCCUGAUAUGGCUAAGGAUGUGAUUGGAAAAUUGGGAGAUGUGGGAAAAAAUAUCAUGGGUGGUUUAGGAUCGUUGGGCGGCAAGAAAUCGUAAAACGGAGGAGGUGACGCAUAGUCCUAGGCAUGGUCUGUAGGAAAAGUAAGCGUAAAUUACAAUAAACUUCUGUUCUCUACUCA